CAAGCGAACAUUAGUGUAAGAAGCAAACAAGGUGAUAGGUCGUGAAGGAGAAGGAGAAGAGUUGGGAAUAUGGCAAUGUCUGCAACAUCUGCUGCUGCAGUUCUCAACGGCUUGAGCUCACCCUUCCUUUCAGGUGGCAAGAAGAGCCAGAGCUUGCUGUCGUCGACUUGGGGCAUCAGAGCCAGAGUUGGUUCUGCCUCUGCACCCCGUAAGCUAGUCCUUGCCGCUGCAGCUGUCAAGAAGUCUUGGAUUCCAGCCGUUAAAGGAGGCGACAACCUCAUUGAUCCUGAGUGGCUCGAUGGCUCGCUGCCAGGAGAUUACGGGUUUGAUCCAUUGGGACUAGGCAAGGAUCCAACCUUCCUCAAGUGGUACAGAGAAGCUGAGCUUAUCCAUGGUCGGUGGGCAAUGGCAGCUGUAGUUGGGAUCUUCGUUGGCCAGUCCUGGAGUGGCAUUCCAUGGUUCGAAGCUGGUGCCGACCCAGGUGCAAUUGCACCCUUCUCCUUUGGCUCCCUGUUGGGCACCCAACUCCUGCUCAUGGGAUGGGUGGAAAGCAAGAGGUGGGUCGACUUCUUCAACCCAGAGUCCCAGUCAGUUGAGUGGGCAACACCAUGGUCCAGAACUGCCGAGAAUUUUGCAAACGCCACAGGUGAUCAAGGCUACCCAGGUGGCAAAUUCUUUGACCCAUUGUCAUUUGCUGGCAAUAUUAAGGAUGGUGUAUACAUCCCUGAUGUGGAGAAGCUGGAAAGAUUGAAGGUGGCAGAGAUUAAGCACGCCCGGAUUGCUAUGCUAGCCAUGCUCAUUUUCUACUUUGAGGCUGGUCAAGGGAAGACACCCCUUGGAGCCCUCGGCUUCUAAACUUCUUUACUGUAACCUUUUUUUUUUUUGUAAAUUUAAGCUAUUAUUGAAGAGGCAAGAAACCACAUUUACAUGAAUCGCA